AUGUUCCUCUUCCCACCCAAUCUCUCCAAUUCCCUCUCCCUCUCCUCUCGCGCCGCCCCAUCUCUCUUCCCUCUCUCCCGAACCCACACCACCCUCUCCUCCUCCUCCUACUCCUCCGCCGCUUCACGAGCCGCCGCCGGCAGACCCGUCGCAAUCGCAGUCGCCGUCUCCGCCUCGUCCCGCGCGCUCCAGGCACUGAUAUUCGACUGCGACGGCGUGAUUCUGGAGUCCGAGCACCUCCACCGCCAAGCUUACAACGACGCCUUCGCGCAUUUCAACGUCCGCUGCCCGUCCUCGCCGUCACCUUCGCCGCUCAAUUGGAGCGAAGAGUUUUACGACGAGCUGCAGAACCAAAUUGGAGGAGGCAAACCUAAAAUGCGAUGGUAUUUUAAGGAGCAUGGCUGGCCGACUUCAACGAUUUUCGAUGAAUCGCCGGUGAACGACGAAGAUAGAGCGGCAUUGAUUGAUGUUCUUCAGGACUGGAAAACAGAGAGGUAUAAAGAAAUAAUUAAAUCAGGAACAGUUGAGCCAAGACCUGGAGUUUUGAGAUUGAUGGAUGAGGCAAAAGCGUCUGGAAAAAAACUGGCAGUUUGCUCUGCUGCAACUAAAAGUUCGGUUAUCCUCUGUCUGGAAAAUCUUAUUGGAAUGGUAAAAUCAUUUUUCCUUUCCUGUCGUGUUGAUUCCGCAGGGGAUGAUGUCAAGGAGAAAAAGCCCGAUCCCUUGAUUUAUUUGACAGCUGCCGAGAGACUGGGAAUCUCAGAGAAGGAUUGCUUGGUCAUAGAAGAUAGUGUCAUCGGACUUCAGGCCGCAACUGGAGCAGGAAUGUCGUGUGUAAUCUCUUAUACACCAUCCACUGCUAACCAGGAUUUUAAAGAGGCAGCAUCAGUAUACCCUGACUUGAGCAAUGUCAGAUUGGCAGACUUAGAGGCAUUGCUUAAAAAUGUUGUUGCUGCAAAAUAA